AUGUACAUGACAUAUAAUGUGCAAGUGUUGGGUGACUCGAGUGAAGAUUGUGUCGAUCGGAUCAAUAAUAAAACUGUUGAAUGCACUCGACUUGUGGUCCCAGAGUUUGAUGAGACAAAUGACAAUACUUACGGCAUAUGGAAUGUGGAGCGCCGGUGCUGUGCUCUAUCAGUAUUCAAUGGUUGUAGGGAUAAAUAUAGCAAGAAUGAGUGCGACCACGAUAUGUUUAACGAUAAUCUCGAAAAAUACAAUUAUACGUUUAAUACAGGCAUGUGCAAAGAUCACAAAUAUGUGAAAGAUCAAAAACAAUGCAAGGGUGGCAGUGGAUUGGAAAUUAUUGGAAAGGCCUGUUGCGCUCUAUCUGUGGCAUAUGAUUGCACCGUUAAAUAUGGCAAGAUACCAAGCUGA